AUGGCGAUUUUGAAACCUGUUCAUCUCCGUAACCGCUGGGUGUUCAGUUCGUCUGAGUUCAUUUCACUCAACCAAACCGAUUCUUGUGGCGUUAUUCCUACCGAAUUUACUGCCAUUCAAAAUUUGACGGUUCAUGUGCGUAAAGGAUGUGUCCAAUUCUACAGCAAUAAUGACUGUAGCGGUGAAGACGUUCAGCUACUGGUGACCUACGACACGAGGGAACUGACACAGAGGGGAUUCCGCUCUCCUGUGAGAUCUUUCAGUCAUUGCAACUCAAAAUGCAUAAACAAAAUUUCUGUCAGAAAUGCAGAGGGGAGACGGAUUUUGGAAGAUGAGCCGGGAGGUGUUGGUUUCCGGUUAGUUUACGAAUCCGGUAAUCGGGGCGAUGUUAGUGACUACAUUCUCAACCUUUACAAAUGUUACAACACGUUCGAAAAAGAUGAUUCGCGAGUUCUUCGCGUCGGUGGGUACGGUUUGUGUCUCGUGCUCUACCCCAACAAUUAUUGCAACAGAUAUCCCACCGUUUAUCGUCCCACAAUAUUUUUCACUACCCGGCUGGAUUCCAUCAACGUAAUCGAUUUCAGCAAUCGGAGCGAUUUUUCUGGAGUGAAAUCGGUUAUGCCUUGUUCCGAAGUGUCAAAAUCAGAAGCUCAUUCAGCCACUGUUUCAGAAUAUUUACCCCCAAGUUCGGAAAUCCUGGAAAUUACUGUCUUCGACUUGGACGAUUUCAAAGGAGAAGAUUUCGAUUUUUCCACGACUGACUGUCUCCUGCUUCCAAGGAAUAAUUUUUCUAUCGCAUCCAUGGAUACGCACCAUUCCUGUGUUACCUUAUUUACUGGAUUGAACUGCACCGGUAAAAGUAAUAUCUUGUUUCCGGGAUCUCCAGUUCUUCGACAUUUCAACCUUCUCAAGACGCAUGGGCAAAUUCAGAGUCUUCGAAAAUGCAGGGACGAAGAUCAUCUACGAGAUAACGGUCCAUAUUCGUUUACCAUGACGACCCAUAAAUUCGAAUAUUCUAGCUGGACGAUUAACUCAACAAACAGUAAUUAUAAUAAAGCAGCCACCUGUUGGGAAAUCCCAUUCUACUAUCGUUCCGGUGGCGUCCGAUCGGUCAUCGUGCAUGAAGGAUGCAUCCAAAUCUAUCGAGACAUCAACUGUUCCCCAUACGCACAAUCUGUCCGAAUCCGACCCAACUUUGACGCCAGUGAUCUCGAGAGAUGGAAUUUUGACGAUUUCCAAUCACACAUACAAUUCGGUACCCCAAUUGGAUCUUUUAGUAAGUGUAAUUUCAACGGAGGAAAGAAAAUGGUAUGGAAAGAGGAAAAUCAAGAAUGGGAAAAUCACCCUGACCGAAUUGUACUUCUUUUUAAAUCAGGAAUUACCCAAAGCUUUAUGCAAAUCAUAAGUUGUGAACCGCACGAUCGCAACCACAAGUGGGCGCAUGACUCCAUUCAGCUAGUGACUUCCAAGACGGCCUGUGUUUAUGUCUUUAACGAUAUAGACUGUAAAAUGGAGCCCCCUAACUUGAAGCCAUACCUGCUCAAUAUUACGGAUACAGAGGGAAUCAUCUUGACAAAUUUCAGCCAAAGCGGUUUGUGGUCUAAUCCCAAGUAUGUCCCUAAAUCGGUGGUCACAUGCAGCGCCUAUUCAUGGGCGCAAACAGUGGCUCGUGGAAAUCUUGAAAAUGAUUUCGGCACAAACAUAACGAAAGAAAGUAGCAAUGUUUUACUGUACGUCGGAAUCCCUGUGAUUAUCCUGGUUGCAAUUGGAACGAUAGCUUUUGCCUUAAUCAUGCGAAAUUCUUCGAGGAAAAGGAAGUUGUGCAAGUCGGAAAUCGACGCUUUCUAUAAUGGUUCUGAUGCCGUGAGUGCUAAUAAUGACGACGCUGUUCAGAACAUGGCGGUCAACCGAGAGUACGAGUUGUUGCCAAAGGAUUUCAUUUGGGCAAAUUCAAAUUCGGAGGACAAGUCGCCCAUUGUGCUGGGAAGGGGUACAUUUGGGGUUGUAGUUCAGGGUGUGUUACACAAGGGUUUUGACGAAGUGUCAGGUCUUCCCAUUAUCAAGGAUGUUGCUAUAAAAAUGCCACGAAUUGGUGUUACGAUUGAGCAAAUUAGGGCACUUUUGGCAGAGAUUAAGAUCAACAUGUUCGUUGGGAAGCAUCCCCAUAUUGUUGAGUUUUUGGGAUUCUGCAUCGCAGAAGUGCAACGGCGCAAAGUGAGCAUAAUUUUAGAAUUAUGUGAGAACGGAAGUCUCCUGAAAUACGUUCGAGAUCAUGCCAAACAAUUCGAGAAAGGAGGAAAUGCAAAUGUAGCAAAUCCCCCGGAGGAUGGAGGGCCAAAUUACGAAAAUAUGGAGUGUUUCAACCGUAAAAAACUUGUGACGUGGUGCAAAGAAAUUGCUAAAGGAAUGGAUUUCCUUGCAAAUAACAAGGUCCUCCACGGCGACCUAGCGGCAAGGAAUUGUCUUUUGGAUGGACAACUUUCCAUCAAGAUUACUGAUUUUGGCCUAUCUCGGAAACUAUACGAUUAUGGAAAUUACGUCAAGAAGGGCAAAGCCCUGCUCCCCUGGCGUUGGAUGAGUCUCGAGUCACUAAAAUUGUUCCAAUUCUCGGUCAAGUCGGACGUCUGGUCGUACGGAGUGACCAUGUGGGAGAUUUUCAGUUUUGGAGGCCUGCCAUAUCCGACGCUCACGUGGAACGAUUACUUCAUCGAAAGUCUCACCGCUGGGCUGCGACUUUCACCACCAACCAAUUGCCCCGACGAAUUAGUUGCAUUGAUGCAGAGUUGCUGGCUUUCCGAUCCAGAUCAGAGACCGGAUUUUUCCCAACUUGAAAACGCGAUUACGCAAUACGUGCAAACUGUUGAGUGAAUUUAAAUUUUUAAUGCUAAAUUUUAAUCGAAAUCUGCUUCUGUUAAUCAAUUAAACAGUUUAAUUAUAUAAAACAUAGCCAAAUAAAUCAGUCGUUUUAUUCAUAUUAAUCAUUAGAUAUGUACUAAACAUAAAUUACAGGAUAAUUUUUUAACAAUUAUCGCUCAACCAACCCAA